AUGAUCGAUUACGACGCCAUCUCGUACACGUGGGCAAACAAUGACAGCAAGAUAGAGUGGACAGAGUGUAUCACCCUCGACGGGCGGGAGUUUCUCGUGACGCCAAACUGCAUGAUGGCAAUGCGGCGUGUCAGGAGCCGAGGUGCUGAGAAAGUCAUCUGGAUCGAUGCCGUCUGCAUGAACCAGAAGGACGCCGAGGAAAGAAGCCACCAGGUGCGACUGAUGCCGCAGAUCUUCUUCCGAGCGCAGCAUGUCCUCAUCUACGUGGGAGAACCGGCACCGGAGGAAGAGGGGCUGCUCCAGAUGCUGCAAGGUGACCAUAUUUCUACCAUACCCUUGCAACCCCUGCAGGUGAUAUUGGAAACCUUUUUGCAACGGCCGUACUUUUCGAGGGCUUGGGCCCUCCAGGAAGUUGCGCUGGCUAGGAAGGCAACGCUGAUCUGCGGAAGGUUCUCCAUGUCAUGGUCCAUGGUGCAAAUCACCUAA